UCGGCCCAAAACGAAAGCCCAUCAAACUGAACCCUAAACAUCAAAUAACUAUCCUCGUCUAUAUAAGACAAUUCUGACGUCGGAACUCAAAACCCUAGCUAGAUCUACCUCUGAAUCUCUGAUCCACGCCUCCAGCGUCCCGCCCUCAAAAUCUCCAGAUAUGAAGGUUGUAGCGGCUUACUUGUUGGCUGUGUUGGGUGGCAAAGCCUCCCCCUCUGCCAAUGAUAUUUCUGACAUCCUCAGCUCAGUUGGAGCUGAGUGUGAUCAGGAAAGAGUUGAAUUGCUUCUGUCCCAAGUUGCAGGCAAAGAUAUAACUGAGCUGAUUGCAGCUGGAAGGGAGAAAUUGGCCUCCGUACCUUCAGGAGGUGGUGCAGUUGCUGUGUCAGCAUCAUCUGGCGGAGGUGGUGGUGCAGCACCUGCUGCAGCUGCCGAGUCCAAGAAGGAAGAGAAAGUAGAAGAGAAGGAGGAGUCUGAUGAUGACAUGGGUUUUGGUCUCUUCGAUUAAGAAAUUUGCUAACACUUGCUAUGCGAAUUGUCUGUCUUUUAACCAAGUUGUAGUAGGAUAUUAUUGUUUAUGAUUUCGUUUCUUGGAGAAGAUUUUGUUUACUUGAAAGAACCAGUUGCACAAUGAAGAUAUAUACUCUAUUUUGAAUAUCAACCGCUUUUGGAUUAAUGUACUGCUACUUUGAUUCGCUUUUGUUCACUUUUGAAAAGUGAAUCUAAAACAGAUUUAUGAUUCGUUUUAUGUUA